AUGGCGAUCGGCGAGCGGUUGGCGGCGCCGCCCGUGUGGCCGGUAGAGGCCCGGUUGGCGGCGCUGCUUCCCGACCUGCUGGUGUUCAGGAAGCCCCGGCGAUCGGAACCCGAGCUCGCCACGGCCCAGGGCGUCCUCCUUGGCGUCCACGUGACGGGGUUUACAGCAUUAAUGGAUAGGUUCAGCCUGACCUGCAAGUCGGAACAUGACAUGGACAAACUGGCCCACAUCUUCAGUUAUUACAUCAGUGACAUCGUGGAGCGUGAGUGACUAUUGUAGGGAAGCCAGGAGGUGUGGUGCUGGGCUCCUGAGGGUUUGGUAACAGAAGGGGGCCUGGGCUACUUGAAAAGAUACCAAAGGGUUAUUCCUUUAGUGUUACUCAUCUUUUAUUUCUUCUUUCUUGCUACUAACAGGCUAGAUUUUUGCCUGUAUCUGCCAUUCUACCUAGUCUCACAUUCUGUUGACUCAAUGUUCAGAAAGGGGGGGGAGAACAAAUUAAUUUUAAU